GGCAAAGAUUCUAAACACACAUCACAUGCACUUGAAGGUGCGAUCCCAAAGCCAAAUCACCCGAAGAUGCAUUUAAAUAGCAUCUGAAGGGUUAUCACAAAAUUGCAUCUGAAGGUGUGUUAUAAAAUUGUACUAGGUAGUACAUCACAAAAUCGAAGUUAGCUUCUACCACAAAAUUCAAAUUCACAUGGCCAACGUAAUUUAAGCAAAAUAUUAAGAGAUCACAUUGUAAGAUUAUUUAACCAAUCAAACCUUUAAAAGAGAGCAAGUUAUUGAAUAGUAUAAUUUUACAAAAUAAGCACAGUUUCUAUAGUACACAUUUUUCAAAAUUGCACAACAAUCAGAGCAGAACCUUUUAGAGAUCAAAUUCUUUUAACGAUUUGUACCCUUAUUUUCAAAAACUAUACAAAAAGAAUUUUUGUUACCAUAACAUAUUUCUAUAAUUUUACCAAAAUUAAAUAAACGGGUGUUAGGUCACUUGCCUCCAAUUAAUUCGAGUAUUGUUCAGUCAAACGACGGGUAUCAAAUUAAUCAACAGAAACUAACUUACCAAAUAAAAUAUCAUUACAAGAACAAGACACGAAAAUUAUCAAAGUUUACUAGGUUGGAUUGAGUUUCUAAAAAGACGUCCAAUCUCUCCGACACAGGACUAAUUACUUCAUAAGAAACAUUGCGUUUAACAAGUAACAACCAACAACAUAAUUUGGAUAGGAUCAAAUAGAAUAUUAGCACCAGCCUAAAUAUUCCGAACCGUUGGCUUGGAUUCAACCGUUUAUAAAUAUUCCGAACACUGCCAUCAUCAAAUCGUUUUUCCUUUCGCUUCUCCCCUGCUUCAAACUCUGUACUCUGUUUCUUGACGCGACAACGGCACAUCGUCUCGCUUUUCCGAUUUCUGGUUCUGGGAGAGAGAGAGAAAGAGAGAGAGCGCGAACGAGAUGGAGUGGGCGCUUCUGCUGUGUCUCCUCGUCCUCUUUGUCUCCGCGUCCCCUGCAGCUUCCUCCGCCGACGCCGGGAUGUCCAUCUCGACGGGCAGCGGCAGCGGCAUCCUCGACCGCAUCGCGUGGGACAGCAACAUGACCCUCCUCGGCGAGGCGUCGCUCAAGAACGGCACCAUCAGCCUCACCUGCGACACCCUCACCACCGGCAUCGGCGCCGGCCGAGCCCUCUACUCCCGCCCGGUCCGCUUUCUUGAUCGCGCCACCCGCGCCCCGGCCUCCUUCGCCACCACCUUCACAUUCUCCAUCCGACCCACCACCUGCUCAUCCUCCACCUCAGACUCCGCCCGCCACCUCGCCCCCUUCCCCUGCUUCGGCGACGGCCUCGCCUUCCUCCUCACCUCCGACCCCCGCUUCCUCGGCGCCGCCAACGGCUUCUUGGGCCUCUUCUCCGACAGAUCCGCCGCCGCCGACCCCGCCACCGUCGCCGUAGAGUUCGACACCAACCUCGACCCCCUGCUCCGCGACAUCGACGACAACCACGUGGGCGUCGACGGCGGCGCCAUCUUCUCCACCGCCGCCGCCCCCGCCCGCAACGCCGGCGUCGACCUCAAGCGGGGGGUGCCCAUGACGGCGUGGGUCGACUACCGCGCCGCCCGCAAGACGCUGCGGAUCUGGCUUGGCUACUCGCGCUCGCGCCCGCCGUGCCCGCUGCUCGUCGCACCCGUCGACCUCUCCGCGCUCCUCCGAGAGUUCAUGUACGUCGGCUUCUCCGCCUCCAACGGCCGCGGCGCCGCCCUUCACCUCGUGGGCAACUGGAGCUUCCGCACCUUCGGCUUCUCCUCCUCUUCACGUUCCGCUCCUCCCCCACCUUCUUCACCAGCCGACGGCAAGGACAGCAGCACCGGCAGCGAUGAAUCACUGAAUCCUGGCGAUGAGAUCAGUCCUCCGCCUCCCUGUCUGCCUCGGUGGGGUCCGGUCAUCGGGGGCAUUGCCGGCGUUCUCUUCUUGAUUGCAGCAUCGACCACGGUGACUCUCUGGUGCCGUUUCCGAUGGAACUUGGACUGCGGCGACUGCAACUGCGGCGGUGAUGACGGGGCCAGCAGCACCAGGAGCAGAAAACACAGCUCGGUGAACGGCGAACCAAGGAUGAAAGUGCCGACGAGGAUUUCUUUGGACGAGGUAAUGUCUGCGACCACAGAAUUCCACGACAGCAACAUCUUGGGCCACGGCGCCUCCGCCACUGUGUACCAAGGGGUGCUGCCCUCUGGGUCAAACGUCGUCGUCAGGCUGCUGUCUCCGCUGCCGCCGCAGCCUUCGUCGUCGUCGACGACCGCCCAAGAUACGUGCUCCCGAUCUUCUGGUGAUGCUAGUACUACCUACUUUAGUUGCAGCUAAUACAAUACGCACGUAUAUGAAUAUAUUCCAAUAGAAUAAAUUGC